AUGUGAGAGGCCAUGGGCAGCCAGGGCAGCCCGGUGAAAAGCUACGACUACCUGCUCAAGUUCCUCCUGGUGGGCGACAGCGACGUGGGCAAGGGCGAGAUCCUGGACAGCCUGCAGGACGGCUCAGCCGAGUCUCCCUACGCGUACAGCAGCGGCAUCGACUAUAAGACCACCACCAUUCUUCUGGAUGGCAGGAGGGUGAAGCUGGAGCUUUGGGACACGUCAGGACAGGGGCGGUUCUGCACCAUUUUCCGCUCGUACUCCCGCGGCGCUCAGGGCAUCCUGCUGGUGUAUGACAUCACCAACCGCUGGUCCUUUGACGGUAUUGACAGGUGGAUCCGAGAGAUUGAUGAGCACGCACCCGGCGUGCCCCGCAUCCUGGUGGGCAACCGUCUGCACCUGGCCUUCAAGCGGCAGGUGCCCACUGAGCAGGCACGGGCCUACGCCGAGAAGAACGGCAUGACCUUCUUCGAGGUGAGCCCGCUGUGCAACUUCAACGUAAUUGAGUCCUUCACGGAGCUGUCGCGCAUCGUGCUGAUGCGGCACGGCAUGGAGAAGUUCUGGAAACCCAACCGAGUCUUCAGCCUCCAGGACCUGUGCUGCCGGGCCAUCGUGUCGUGCACACCGGUCCAUCUUAUUGACAAGCUGCCGCUGCCUGUGGCCAUCAAGUCACACCUCAAGUCCUUCUCCAUGGCCAACGGCAUGAACGCCGUCAUGAUGCACGGACGCUCGUACUCGCUGGCCAACGCAGCCGGCGGCUCCAAGGGCAACAGCCUGAAGCGCUCCAAGUCCAUCCGUCCCCCGCAGAGCCCCCCGCAGAACUGCACGCGGAGCAACUGCAAGAUCUCCUAACUGCCAUUUUCCCGGCGCACCCCCCAAACCCGACAGGCCGCCGAGCUGGAAUGACGGCGAGCGGGAUUGCUGACGGCCCGGGCUGGCAACCUUACGCGCUGGCUACGGCGCCGUCCCGGGAGAAUUGGUUCAACAUUUUUGAGUGUCCCACUGCUACUAUGCGCUACGACUCACGUGAGCGAUAAACAAGGAUUUUUCUUCACUUGUACAGACAGAGACACUCAUCGGGUGUUUCUAUUUUUGUCUUCAGUCUUCUUCUCCGCUUUCUAAAGCUCAAUAAGCUACAAGUUGUUGUACAUUGUAAAAUGGCCUCAAACACACACAAGCACAUUCGCAAAGCUCUUUGGACUGGUGGCAAGCACUCACACGCUCCUCACACACACUUGCUCACAUAUUUACUCACAAGCACUUUCGAUACUUGCCGCACACUCGUCUCUUGGGGUUUUCAUUCUCACUUUUCUCAGACCAUACCAGUAGGAGUAUUCGCUCUGGAGUACUCACAGAUACCGAGUACUGACACCACUAGUACUUUUUACAUAUAAAAUUUCAAUUGACACAGUGGCAUAUAAUUGUGAACAAAGACCUUUCUUUCUUUCUGACGCAUGUGAUGCUUCGCCCAUGUGUCUAACCGCAGCAGUGUAGCGCCAACUACUGGCGAGGAGGACUUACUCCAUGUCAAUUUUUUUUUUUUGCCUUAAAUAUCGGUGGCUGGUCAUGGCAGCCUUCACGAGUACCCGAUACCUUGCAAUGAGGCCGGUAUCGGCCUGAUGCCGAUGCCUGGUAUCGGUACUCGCCCAGCCCCACUCCUCACGCGCACACACAUCUCAGAACCUCCUCGCACACUCUCGUAACACACACUCAUACACUGCUCAUACACACGUACACUCAACACGCACUUACACGCUCACAUAUACUGUACACUCCUGACACACUCCCCGUACACUCUUCACUUACACACGCAUACACUCUCCACACACACUCAUGCACUCACACACGCACUCAUGCUCACACACAAUUCAUACACCUCUCACACACUUGUCACACACACUCGUUUACUCUCCUCAUAGACUCCUAACACACACACUCACAUUCCUCUCACGCUAUUUAUACACGCGCUUCAAACACACAUAUACACUUCUUACACACUCCAUACAUGCCUCACACCCGAGCGCCUCUUUUUUUACUGGCCUAUGUCAGGAAUUCGCCAUCUUGCAUUUGAAGCUAACACAACUCGUCCCGACUUGUUCCUGGUCCUGACCUGUGACUCGCAGAGUUUUUGCUUGUCUGAAAUUGGAACGAUUGGAUGCACCAGGCUUAUAUUUCCUCUCUUUUCUGUGCACCCCCCACCUACUUUACCAGUUGCAAUGACUUGUUGCCGUGAAAAGUGACUCAUCUAUUUAAAGUCCCUCACAAUUGUUUCAAACUUGACAAGAGCGAAGGACUCUUUUUGUACUUGCCUACUACGACUGCUACUACUUGCACUGAGGCCCCUUUUUAGACCCAAACACCUGCCUCCCUUUAGCCCCAUGUGGCACACUUCCUUCUCUAGAUUUGGCUAAAAUGAGCGCGUGUUGGGGGUGGGAAAGGUUCUCUUCAAGGCAGGGAGUCAUUCUAGUGUAAGGGAUUUGAGGUGUGUCGCGCCAAGACUCCUUUCAGCCGCGUGAAAUUAUUAUUACAAUGUUUUUUAAUCUCAUCGGGGAGCCGAUUCGCUUAGAAGCGUGUCGCUGGGCGUCAUAAUGCGUUUGUUAAAUAUUUAUAUUACAGUCAUCCAUAAUUCCAAUAUCAGUUAAUGUGGGACAGCUGAAAUCCUAAUGAGCACAAGUUAAACUAUUCUAUUUUAGUAUGUGAGGCUUAAUUAACAGUUGUUGGUUUUUUUUUUGGUUUUUUUUUGCAUGUUGCGUUCUAUUUUCAGACCAGAGCACCGCAGAUAAUUCAGGUGCGAUCGUGAGAAAAAAUUGGCAAGCGAGACUAUUUUACUGCGCAACUCCCGUGGGAAUUGCUGCUGAGAAGCGUUGCAGUUAGGUGUCAUCGUGCAGUAUCAUAAAUGUGACGGAAUCACUCCCUAUCCGCUGUAUAAUGCCUUACAUUGGCCAUUUUGUAGUGCUGUGAGAAUGUAUAUUAAGUAUAGGUUAUCCUCCACAUAGUGCCCUCUAUGUAUUACACAAUGCACCUCGAAAAGUCGUUAACAACCGAAAAAGCUCACUAGAAAACAACCUAUCCCAUGAUGCAUUGCACUGAUUCACAAUAAUAAUUUUACGUUUCAUUGUUUGAUUUUUGGCAUGUGACAACAUUCAUGAGUUGUGGUGCGAAAAUAUCAAUAUAUUAUUGGAUAACCUGUAAAGGCCAAAGCAAUCUUGAGGUAUCUUGGUGCUAAGGAACUAUGUUGAAGUGAAUUCACUAAUAGCUCACGAAAAAAAGUCCACGAAAAACAGUACAGUGAUUAGGGUCCGACACAGUGACUGUGUUGGGAAUCAUUCACUCAUUCCCUACUCCCUAAUCACUACACACGGAUUUUGAUAUAAGUGGAUUUAUGGACUAUGUAGUCAAUUUAUCCGUCAAAUAAAAAAUCGUUUUAGAACAUUGCUCACGUGCGCUCCUAAUUACGUCAUUGCUAUUGCACAAUUACAAUGCACCGGACCUUAGUCGAAAUUAGAUUUAUUUUUUAUUUUUUGGGCGAUUUAAAAAAAAUCAAAACAAAACAGUGAAGUUGUCUUUAACUUUUAUGCUACUUUUUAAAAAGUGGCCCAUGUAGUUGACCAAAUAAAUAGUCCACUAGAUAAAAAUCCAUAUAUCCAAAUCUUCUGUAUUGACGAGGGAUUAGGGAACGACUGAAUGAUUCUGAACACAGCCCGAGUCUUCUGAUGUCAGCCUGGUUGCUUCCCACGUGCACCACGCCAUGAUUCCUUGCUGCUGAAUAAUAGAUGCUCCUCGCUUGGAUCUCAGGAGGGAUUCUUCUCUUCUUCAUCAGUGUGCUGUGGCUCUAUGGUGCACUUUCAUCUUCCCACUUCCACAGCUCUCUUUUUUUUCGCCGCCGUUUUUUCCGCAACAACCUGACCUCACAACACAUUAGUCCUGUCUCUUGUCAUAACCGGCAGCAUAAAGAGACCAUAUGAGUGUUGUAGCACUUUUGUUUAGCUUUUUUUUUUGUCCAUUUAGGCCAUGUGUCAAACUCAAGCUCUCCGGGGCCAGAUCCAUUUUUUGUGGCCCACUAAAGCAAAUCAAGUGUGUCUAGUUCGUGAGAUGGAUUUGUUCUCAUUUUGGCUGAAAUCUUAAUGAGAAUGUCAAAUUUGUAAUCCCUUUUUUUUUUUUUUUUUUUUUUUUUUUUUUUUUUUUUUAAAUAAAUACAGAUUUUACACACUUUUUUGCCCCCACCAAAUGCCUGAUCAUAAAUUGAAAAAUAGUAUUUGUAUUUGGUUGUCCCUGUUUUCCUUGACUUCUGAUUCAAAACUCAGUUUGUUCAAAAUAUAAAUACCUGUACAGCGAACCUCUGAGCCCUGUCGCGAAUAAUGAAAUCCCGCAACGUAAUGGAUACCUCCGCCACUAAAAGUUAAUAAUUAUAGACGCCACAAGGUGGUGGCAAAGCACUACUUUUAUCUAAAUAAAACCUCCACUCACUUCAACAUAUUUCCUUUGCACCAAGAUGGCACCAAAGGACCACUUUUGUCUAAACGAAGCUCCUUAUUUAACUUUAACAUAGUUCCUUGGUGGCAAGAUGGUGCCGAAGCACUUUUUUGUCGAAUUGAAGGUCGACAAUUCAAUUCAACAUAGUUGCUUGGCACCUGAGCACAAAAACAUUUUUUAAGCGAAUAACAGAGGAUAGGUUCCCAAAAAAUCUUCAACUGUGUGGGGAACACAAAGCAGGAAUAAGGGGGUCGAAUUUAUUAUUAUUAUUUUUAAUCAAAUGCGAUUUUAAACAGUAAUUGAAUGCACAGUAACCCACAACAAGAAUAUAAAUUUUACACAAAUUACAUUUGAAUUAUUUAUUUAUUUAAAAAAAAAAAAAAACUUCAUUCUUGUGAUGAAUCACGCUUAUAGUCAUGAUGCUCAAGAGCGACAAUUGGUGGCCACUAUGUAAAUACGCCUGGGUUGAAAUACUGAAGGCGAGACUUGUGACGGAGCGAAGUCGCGUUGAAUCCCGAAGGUUGCACCACUUUAUAAAUGUCAGUGCUUGUUCUUUUAUUGCUUGGGUCUGAGCACAAAAACUGCUAAUGAUAUAUCAUUUUAGCAGAGGAUAGGUUGAAAAAAAGUCAGCAAAAAAAAAAAGAUCAUUUGCAAUUGUCGACACCCAGCACUCAUUUCGCCGCUUGUAUCCGUGAUAUGAUCAUACUUUAUAUUAUUGUCACCGUCAUUAAAGGAGUUCAACAUGCCUGAUUUAGUGAUCAAAUUACUGUAACGAAACAGAACAAAAGCCACAUGAGAUCCGUUUUCUUUCCAUCUUUUGUUAAUCUUAGUCCAAUUUCAUCUCCAAACAGAAAUCCCGGUUGUUUGUGUGAAGGAGUGUAACAUCACAUUUCGGAACAAAUCUGGCAAAAAUAUGCUUUUUUUUUUUUUUUUUUUUUCCCCCCUCUCUCCCCGCACUGGCUUUGGUGGAGCAGCCUCAGGCUGUAAUCCCGUACUGAGAAUGUUCCUGGCACAAGUAGCCGGCGUGUGGUGGAUUUUUGUGUUUAGAGUGACACUCCUGUUGUUGGGAAUGCGUUUCCUUCCUUCCUGCCAGCCCAAGCUGCUGCUUUUCCACCGGUGGCUUUCUGAAAACUGGACAAGUCAUAAGUACACAAAAAGGAAGAAAAACAUAUCUUGAGAUAUUCAAUGUACUUUAUGUUCUUUCUUCUACCCUUGACAUAAAGCAACCACCUUUUAAGUCAUUUUUCUUGUUUUGUAUCCUCUCCGAUUGAUUUCCUGCCUCUGGAUGAAGUGGAAGAUAAACUAGAGCAGCAAUGGAACAAAUGUUUUUGUGCCACUUAAGUUUUUCAAACUGUGCUCUGCGUCGUUGCCAAGAAUUCCACAAGAGGUUUUCCUCUCUGAUGACAUGCAGGAAAAGAAAGAUGUGUGUAUGUUGUUGUUGUUCCUGACUAAUUAAUGGGUUAAAAAUUUGUUUUUUAUCAAUUUUUUGUUGUGUAUGCAUGACCUAUUUUGUUGAGAUUCUAAAUAAUUUGGGAAAAGUAUACAUGGGACCCCUUCAGGAUGCCCUCUGAUUGGCCUGCUGGUUUUGUGUAAGGGAAAGUGUUGUCAAAUGGACUUUUAAAAAAUCUAAACAUUUAAACACUAUUUUUGGGGCUGAACGCUGCUGAAUUUGAGGUGUGAAUGUGUUUGUGUGUGUCUGAGGAAUAAGAUGAAGUUUUUUUUUUUUUCGUUUUUUUUUUCCCGUUUUUAAAUUAUUGAUUGUGCAGUUUCAAUGCUGUGACGGUUUGGGGAGACUUUUUCACAAUUAAACAACUGAAUGUU